AUGUAUGACAUGACCGGUACCAUCAUAAGGCUUCCUCCCAUCGGCUCUCCCAACGAGAGCAGCACCAGUGAGCAAGUCCUGGCAGAAGCAGCAGUAGAGGAGCGGCUGACAGAACCAGUACCAGGAAAUAAUUAUGACGCCUCCCCAGAAGCAGCAUCUGAAUCUGUGCCUGGUAACUUGGACACAGCCACGGAGCAAAGGGGUGAAGAUUCACUGGAGCAGGGUGAUACAUCAGCUUCUGAUGCUGUUGAUACGAGUUCACCAACCGAUCAAGUUAACGAGAUCACUGCAAAUCCUGAGACUGGGAUGAGUGCUGCUAAUUCAACAGGUGAUUAUGUGGAAUGCCAUGCUGUGGAAGUGAUUUCUGCUAAUCAGAUGACAACGGCGGAUGUUGUGGAGAGUGCGCAUGUUGAAACCAUAGCUCCCGUGCAAACCGCUGAGAAGCAGAAGCUAAGUCAUGAAGAGCUAAAAGCACGCAUAAUGGGUUAUGGCAACACGAGCGUUCUGAUGAAGAGACAGCAAGCCCGAGCUGACGUUUUCAGGCAUGUGGAGUUAGCUAAUAUAGCAGCUGGCGUGCAGACAGCGGCAGGUGGAGCCAAAAUAACCACAUCCAGCAGCUCCUCCGCAGAAGGGAGAGGCUCUGAGGGUGGCUUCAUUGGGGAGGCAGGCAGUAUCUCACGUAAGCCAGCACUCUGGCGAUUUGGAUCGACUGGCCAGCAGGCAAUUGCAGCCACAACGGCAUCAGAUGGAGUCGGCCACGAGGGAGUCUCUCAAAAGACUGCAUUGAACAACAUGCCAUCCCUGCAAAUGAUCGUGGCUGCUCCUGUAGCAGCAUUUGUGGAACUGGGGUCGAAAAUGAGUGGUGCAAUGGUGGAUCUUGGAAGUGCACUCAGGAAACACCAAGAGAAUGGAGCUCAGGUGGCUGAGAUGAGUGAAUUGGACAAGAAGAAGCUCCAGGAACAAGAGGUGCGCAGGCAAGAUGCAUACAAAAAUGCUUCUGCAUCCCUCUUCAAAACGAGUCACCAUCAAGAGCGGCUAUCUACCCCAAACCUGCAAGUCCUCCCACCUGAUAUAGAGAACCCUGAGGACGUUUUACACCUGGAUCAAGCUGCUGACGUUGAGGUUGGUGAUGCAAAGGGUUUGGGGUCAGGGGCUGGUUGCAACGUGAUGUUUGGAGUAAAAGAAGGUGAUGAGAAGGAUGGAGAUGAUUUCGGCAAAGGGAAGGAGGCCACCGAGGCUAGUGGGGAUGGGGUCAGUGAAGUGAGAAGACCAUGUGAGCUGGAUGGAAACGAAGGCAUGGGAGGAGGCUCCUAUGCGUGUGAUCAUUCAACAGCCUUGAGCGGGAGCCUCAGUAUAGACUUGUCCAAAGAGAUGAAGGGAGAGCACUCGUCAGAGAUUGUUGUUGGUGCGAGGUCCAGUGACGGGUCAAGCAAGUCUAGUGAGCAGCAGUCCAACCACAGCCACUCUAGGGACAGCGCCGGCAGCAGCAGCUCAACCGAGCAUGUCAAAGAGAAGUGGCCUCUUGCGACCCGAACGAGCACUGAGAGCAUCUCCAUGGGCACACGGCGUCCACGGGUCAUAUUGGAUGACCACUGGUGGAAGACGAAGCUGGUUGGUGAGGAGCCUGGGCGCCGUUUGGUGGCUGCUCAGCUAGCCAGGGAGGCAAUGCUGAUGCGAGGGGGUUCAGGUAACGUCUCACGGCUGGAGGGACGCAUUGGGGGAUUGGAGGCGCCCACUCCCCUUGCAUCACGUUCCAAUUCUGGAGUCCCACUGGCUAUAAGGAAGGGAGCCAUCACAACAGCUCUGCAUGAGGAAGGAACGGAUGUGGCUCAAGGCUCCAAUGCUGAUGUUUCCAAGCCUGAGGGGGAAGGAGGAGAUAUUCCUGAUGGAGCUGAUGGUGCACCUCACGGCCUUGCUGAAAAGUGUGUGACUGACCCACCAGUGGUUGCUGCUGAUGGGGCAAGUGCAUGCAUGGACACGCUGGAGCACGCUGGUGGUGACCAUGUCAUUGGGUUGCAUGGAGCACAAGGGAACUAUUCAGUGGGCAAAGGAUCUGCAACAACGCUGGGUAAGGUUGAAGUCACGCUGCCCAGCACUGUUAAUCAGGCUGAUGUGACGGCACGUCAGCAUCCAUGCCAGACUGCGAUUGCCAAUCAAGACAACUGUGUGAGCAAGACGGAGCACAAGACCCCAGUGAAGGUAGUCCCUCCUCCAGUGGACAAGAAGCUCCAGUCAGGCUUCGAUGGGCUCAUGCGGGCAGUUGAGUCGCUGGCCACCAUGAGUGUUUCCCGCUCUCCUAGAGCCAAGCCAUGGGCCUCAAGCAACCGAGGAACAGACAAGGGAGCCACCCGCCAGAGCGCGCAGCCCUCAAGCCCCGUGCUGACAUAUGAUGGAGGAAUAACCAGUCAGGGGAAGCGUCAAACUGAGCCGAGGCAAGCUGCGGCCGGGGUCACAAGACAAGCAGCUAUGUUCCCAGCCACUUCUUUUUCCAACAACUAUCAAAGCUCUUCAACUGGUCACAGGCUCCCUGCAGCAUCACCAGAGCACACUGAAGAGUUUGCUCACAAGGCAGGGGUGCUGAGCCUGCAGCAGCAGGCAGCGUGGCUGUGGAGCAGUGCACAGCACAUGGCUUCACGGGGCACAAGGGCCAGCUCUGCAUCAAGCGAUGGGGACUCCCAGGCCAGGGGUAGCGGUGUGGAGCGUGACAGGCUGAGUGGCAGGGCGAGUGACAAGCCACAUCCAUUCCCGCCGGUGCAACCGCCUUCCGCAUCUCCUGCUCGUUCCCCCCUUCCCUCUUCCCGUCUCGUCCUUUGCGCAUCUUCCCGUCGCGGAGGAUCCCGACCUGCGCCGCGCGGGUUUUCCGCGCGCGAGGCGAUGCGCGGAGGGGUGGACUCGGAGGGGCGGCAGUAUGCGUCGGCGGACGAAAUGUGGCGGCAGGAGGCGGGGGAGCGCGCAGUGAGCGCGGGGGAAGGGAAAAGCGAGGAGGGCGCAAUGGAGGCGGAAACGGGUGGGAAGAAGCGCGAAUGGUACGACAAGGGCGUCAAGUACUGGGAGGUGCGCGCUGCCUCUCCCCCUCCCUCUCCUCUCUCCCGUCUCCCUCAUUUCUCGCAACUGCAUUUUCCUCUUGCCUCCCACCCCUGCGCCGUGUAUCUCAAGGGCGGCGUGGAGGCGAGUGUGGACGGCGUGUUGGGGGGAUACGGCGCGGUGAGCUCAACAGACGCGGCGGGCAGCGCGGCCUUCCUGCACGAGGUGUACGGCGCACAGCUCGACGCUGCCCGCUCACAGGGCCGCCCGCUUGUCGCUCUGGACUGUGGGGCGGGCAUUGGGCGAGUGACCAAGGAGUUCCUACUGCACGUCUUUAACGAGGUGGAUCUAGUGGAGCCAGUACGGCACUUCAUAGAUGCCGCCCGAGACCACCUCGCCUCGCCGCCCUCCUCUGCUGCCUCGCCUGCCGCCUCCCACCGCGCCGUCAACUUCUUCUGCUGCCCGCUCCAGGAGUUCAGUCCAGACGCGGGGCGGUACGAUGUGGUGUGGGUGCAGUGGUGCAUCGGCCACCUCACUGACGCUGACCUUAUCGCCUUCCUCCAUCGCUGCCUGGCAGGGCUGCGGCCGGGCGGCAUUAUAGUGCUCAAGGAGAACACGUGCCAGAAAGGGUUCGUAUUGGACAAGGCGGACAGCAGUGUGACGCGCAGCGAUGCAUACUUCAGAGACCUCUUCAAGCAGGCCAAUUUGCAGCUCCUCAAAUCCAAG